AUGCAAGGGAUGCAUGAAUCUUUCUUAAUCAGGACUUUACUGUUUCUGGUAUCUUUCUACUGUAUAAAGACUAGUGGUAAGCGGAAUUUGUUUGUAUGAUUUGUGCUGUUUAUCACGGCCUGUAACUAUGCCUAUUCCUGCGUUUUCAACUCGGUACUUGAGAUCUGUUUGAUCAAAAGCCCAUGGGUUCCUGACGUGGUACAAAGAUACAAUUCACAGUUAUUAUUUUUUACAGUUGAUCCACCCUAUACCAUUAUACCACACACAUCGGGAAAUUUUAAGCUUGGUUUUUCGCGAUAAUUUAUGCACUGAAUGAUUAGAGUACAAACAAUCGAAACCUAAAACUGCGCCUUAAACAGCUUAAAGUGUCUUGUGAAGCGUAACUUAUAUGCGAGAUAGACAGGAUAAAAUUGAUCCCGAUUGUGUCAGAAUGUAAAUAAAAAGAAACUAGGCCUCAUCAUUUGAGGACUUUAAACAUGUCUGAAUGAGAAAAUAUGAUAUUGACAAAGGUCGUUACUUUGGCCAACGCUGACAAGCGAGCGUGUUGAUCGUGCGGCGCACGUACGUGUUGUAUGUCACACUAAUAGGAAUGUAAGGAAAGUUUGAUUUUUAGAAUUCUUUAAAAAAAGUUUUAAAUGCGGUAGACUUAGUACACUGAUUGAUUUGAACAACUGAUUAUUCAUUUCCGGUAGUGAAUCCAUCUUUGUCCUGUCACUCGAGUGGAGCGUGAAACAUGUGCCCAAAACGCGAAAACCGCGUGCGAACUUCGAGAACUGAACGCCUCGCGCAGACUUAAAUUGCGUGAUUGAAUUUGACAGGAAGGCGAAAGGGGCGUUGUUAGGGAAAAAGAAACUAUUGUACUACCGUUGCUCAACCUCGUACCCAGGGCAAUUCACUGACUGGAGAAAUUGGCAAGGGCACAGGGAAACGAGCCUGCGUAGCAAGCGUUUCCGUGCGGUUUAGGAGCAAAGAACGAGGAACGAGAGUCAAAGACCGCGCGAAAAUGGCGCGACUAAAAGAACGGGGAGGGGGAACGAGAUCUUUUGUCAACGCUCAACUUAUGAUGAAAUUACUUAUUAUUGAUAAAUUGGUGUAGUUUAGCAAUUUUCUAAGAAUUAGGAUCAAUUUUUUGAGACAUUUGAUAAAAGAUCCGUAGAAGCAUUCCGCCUUGGUGAUCAUUCUUUUAAUUCUCAUAACCUUUUGUAUUGAUGUUGGUCACUCUUGGGAAAAGAAGUGACCGUCGGACAGGACGCCCGGCGAGUACGACUAACAGAUUGAAAAUGUCUUCACUCACAGGGACAAGUAGCAACACUCUUAACUUGUGAUGAUGUAUUUUUUUGACAACAGACGGAGCUGUUUCUACGCAUCCGAAUGCAAGCCAUUACAUAGCAGAAGGCGAAAAAACAAGUAUUAACUGCACUUUAAAGGACGAAGCAUUUCAAGGUUGGUUUAUGAAUGGCGAAAGAAUACCCGAUGAUCCAUCGCAAAGACGGCACGUGAAAAGUGACGGAAACCUGUGGUAUAGUUUGAAUAUAAGGAGGGUGAAUAGAACAGAUGAUGGGCCGUAUGAAUGCCGCGGAGAAACGAACAAAGCUCAAGUGAUGUUAUAUGUAGAAUGUAAGUACUGCAGCGGAAAUAGAUGGAGCGAUUUUCGUAUGACCUUGAAAAAUGGUUUCGGUAAGUGUUGGUCAUUUGUUUUAUCAGCCAAUGGAUGAAAAGAUCAAGACAUGGUCUCUUCGUUUUCCCGCCAAAGAAAGCCGUAACAUGGACAAGCCAUUGUUCGAUUGGCCAGUCGUGUUGCAGUAUGACGUCAAAGAGAAGUAUCGAUUGAUUUCUAGAAAGUUCUCGUACAUGAAGUUUUUUCACCCGAACGUUCGCUUAUAAACCAACCAAAAGCUACGCGCGUUUGUAUCCGUUCGAUAAACCAAUCAAAACGCUCUAUUUCCGUUCGUUUGUUGUUUCUGUUUUGUUCGCGCGUUUUCAUUUCAAGGUCAUACGAAAAUCGCUCUAUCAUUGUUUUGGCUUUAAGUUCUUCUCGUCUCGCGGUUAGUUUUUGCCCUUAUCCAAAAUUUUUUUGUGCCCUCUUUUCGGCUUCUCAUCUCAAAAGGAAAGAGUCUUUUCACGUCUCUCAGGAGUUUGUGAGUAGAGACAGCUGAAAUUCAGGCUAGUAUCGCUAAGGGCCUUCCUUGUUUUAAAUAAAGAAAAUAGAAAGAAGACAAGAAGAAAGGAAAAAGAAAAUAGAACGUUUUCAAUGAUCAACAACGUAUAAAUCUAAAUCAAGGUCACUACACCUCUUCAAAUCGGCUCCUGGUCAUUUGGCUGCACAGCUCAGAAUGGCCUUUUUUAGGGGGCAAAUAUAACCUGAGCCACACCCAGAUUGGUCCCCCUAAGAAGAGCCCCCCCUCCCUUUCACAUGGAUGCCCCUCUUCACGACCCUUAUGGCUUAUAAACUUCCUUUUUGCAUUGUUAUAAUUGCAGACCGUCCUGUAUUUAUCAGCGAGAGGUCCACAAACAAUACGGUGUACUCAUCGAUUGGUGGCAACGAAGAAGUCACUUUGACUUGCGUGUUUGAUGGGUUCCCUGUUCCUCGCGUGCGAUUCAACAUAUUUGGAGAAGAACUAAAAAACAUCGGUAUCACCUAUGCUCCUGGUUCGGCAUCAUACAGGUUUUUGACAAAAAGUCAAAGUGAUUUUGGAUUUUACACGUGUAAAGGGACAAACUGCAGAGGAAGUGCCUCGCACACAAUUGAAGUUCACGAGCGAGGUAUUUCAGCCAUGAUUUUCUCAAAGCCCUCUUUAAAUCUAUUAGGGUUUGUACCAGCUUAGGAAGAUAGGAAGGCAACAGAAAGGUUAAAAAAAUGAAAAAGAGAAAGAAAGGAGGAAAGAAAAAAGUAGUAGUAGAUUUGGUGCGAAAACAACAACUUUGCACAGUCGUUGUCGUCAAGUCAGUCCACUAAGACCUGAUAUGACCAAUGGUUAAGUAGGGUCCCUUCUGAAAUAUCAUCAUCAUUAUCAUCAUCAUCAUCAUCAUCAUCAUCAUCAUCAUCAUCAUCAUCAUUAUUAUUAUUAUUAUUAUUAUUAUUAUAAUUAUCGGACAUUCAGUCUUUUGGAGAAAAUUAAUGGCAAGGCGAUAAGAUAACAAGAGGACAAGUUUAGUUAGAUUGCUUGCAGUCCAUCUUUUCUCCUAGAAAAUAAGAGACUGCUCACAGGCUACAGAAUGGUGGAUUGAAACGCGAAAAACGAACGUUUGAAAUUGUCGGGGAUGUAAUAAGGCUUGGAAAAUAAUGUCCCUGUGAAUUUUUUUUGAAAUUACUAUAGCUGUCACGCUAUUAGGACCAUGACAUUAUGCAAGAGAGACGACCAACUUAACGCGCCGCAGGUUAUCUAAAAUGUUCAAAUUUGUAGCGGUUGUUUCGUUCCAGGCGUUUCCGAACCUCCAAACAACAUCCGGGCAUCGUCGAGUUGUAGCAGCAUCGAUGUAAAGUGGGAUCCGGCUGAAAAAGAUGGCGGAAGUCCGGUGAUCGGAUACUAUAUUGAACUUAGGCAUGACGGGAAAACAUUAAAAUCAGAGUACCUUAAGACCUCACUUCGUAAAAAGACCUUCAAAGACCUAGAGGUUAAAACUUUGUAUGAAGUACGAAUGAACUCUGAAAACGCCUUCGGGAAAGGAGAGUGGAGAAUGGUUUCCAUCAACACUACUGAGGCAUGUAAGUGACGACAGACAAGUGAACUGAUUAUCUUUCCCUUCUCCUGCACUGUCAUCUCUGUGCCACGAUUUCUACUUAGUUCCAGGGAGGGGGUGGAGUUACUCCUUACAAUGGCCUAUACAGGGAGGCUCCGCCCGAAAGUGGUACCUACUUCAUGGCUUCAAGUAUAUGAAGGGUAGGGCUUUCACAAUAUGAACUAUAUGAAGGGUUAAGAAAAUCUGUUAUUUCGGUCUUUAAAGUGACCCAAAAGGGCUUCAGAAUGACUUUGUGGCUUUGAAAGUGUCGGGAAGAUUUUCUAGUUUUGUGAUUUACUCAUAUUUAAAAGAAAGUGCAUUUACAGCAGUUAAAAGGGACGCAAAGUUCUAAAGUAGGUAUGUGAAAGGGGUACCAUUUGUCAAAGAAAGGUAUACGAAAGGGGUGCCUUUUCUGUAAAAAAGGGUGUAAAAGAAUAAGGGGUUGGAUGUCGGGGCGGUGCCUCCCAGUGUAAGACUUUGUUGAGUACCCUCUGGGAUUUAGUGUGUGCCAAGUUCCGGUCAAACGGCUUUACAAUGGUCAAGUCGAGUUAAGAGAUGCUGGCGAAGACCAUACCAGGUCAAACGGCAAAAUAGAAUACCUAUCCUUUUCCGUAGAACUUCAAAGUAAUUUUAGAGAGACUGGAGCGAGCGGAUCUUUCAUCUCUUACCCAGGUUCCUCGCUCAGUCUUGGGUGUAUUUUUGCAGCUUAACCCUCAAAGAUGCUAGCCUUUUCCAGGCGUUCAGAUCGUAAAGCGUGGGCGAAAUAUUGACGAGGGAAAAAAAAAGGGGAAAGUCUCCCCUCGUUUCCCCCGCGUACGAAUUUUCUCGUUCCCCACCAUCUGAACGCCUGGAACAGACGCGUGAUUCUGGUUUGUGGGACCUAAAAGAUGUUUUAAAUUCGCGCCAAAAUCGGUUUAAAAAUAGACGAGUCCGUGAGAACGCCGUGAUACCAGAACUUUCAAAAGGAAUUUCUCUCUCCGGGUCAUGGGCUUCUGCUGAAGUUGAAUUUUGGCGCGAAAAUAGGCCGGUCUUAUGACGCGAAAGAGUGUUAGAGUAUUCCCGAUAAUGGGCUCCAGGGAAAAACCUAAAACUUUGUGUUUGUUUAUUACCUCCACAGGUUCUUCGCAAGCUUUGUCCUCAUCAGCGGGCCAGUUUUCAAUGUUUUUCUUGUGGGUCGGCGUGAUAAUUUGUCAUAUUCUUCGGAUAUUGCUACCUAACAGCACAAUGAUAUGA